UGAGUGAAAUUGGACGGUUGUGAGAAAUGGACGAAGGAGAAGCACUGAAAAAGGAAAGAGGAAGAAGAAUACGUAGAUAUGAGAAAAUGGACAAACUCCCGGAAAAUAUGUUCCCAAAACGAUGGUCGACGAAACAGAGGAUUUUCUACAUUUCGUUAGCAGUGAUUGUGGGUCUCCUCAUAAGGGACGAAGAGACUGCUUUUUAUCAACGUAAGCUUGAAGAGAAGACAGAAGGAUAUGCAACUACCAUCGGUAGUGAAAUGAUUCAUAAGAAACAAGGUAGAAAGGAAGAACAACAGUAGAUAUUUGGGGUUACUUUGACCUCUUUCUUUCAUCAGCCAGUUGUUGACGUAAGAGACUGAUUUGACGCCUUAGGAAAAUAGUAGUAGAGUCUUAGAGACAAAUCGUAAGAGUCGAUAAAUGUAAUAUUAGGCCGAGUUGAAUUACCU